UCUCAUCAUCAGUCGAUCUUCAGUCGCCACAUAAACACAAAAACCCUCAAAACACAAAGCAAAACGACAUCGUAAAUGGGAGUGGAGAAGGAAUUGAUCCGUGCCGGAAACGGUCCGAAACCCGUUAAAGGUCAAAACGUCACGGUUCACUGUACCGGAUUCGGGAAAAAUGGCGAUCUGUCUCAAAAAUUCUGGAGCACCAAGGAUGAGGGGCAGCAGCCGUUCACCUUCAAACUUGGCCUAGGCCAAGUUAUUAAAGGUUGGGAUGAAGGUGUUUUGGGAAUGCAAUUGGGAGAAGUUGCUCGGCUAACGUGCACUCCUGACUAUGCUUAUGGCGCUGGCGGUUUUCCUGCUUGGGGCAUCCAGCCUGACUCAACUUUGGUUUUCGAGAUUGAAGUUCUUCGUGCUCAGUAAACAGUAAAUGGUGCAUGGGUUCUUGAUUCGGUACUACUCUGGACUUGCUAUUAUGAACUUCAGAAACCAGUCAAACUUGUGUUUAUAAUGCUUGUUUCUGAGCAUUUACUGUGUGUGGGUGUGUUGGUUUGAGAUUUUACAGUUAUGCAAGACUUUCUAAACCGAACUUAUUUGUCGAAAGAAUAAGAGACCGUCAUUCAUGACCAUACAUCAUCCAUGUGUCUUGCUUUAUGAGCAAGUCAAGCAUGCUUUUUCAGUUUGCUUGAAAUAAAUAUUCGUCCUGGUAUAUCAAUGUCAUUAAACGUGUUGUUCUUCA